CAACAGCGAGAAGAAAAUCAGGUCAAGCGCUGGGAGCAGGCGGGUGUGGGUGCGUGUAAGCGGGCAGCGUGGGCGAGGUCUCCCUAACGUCAUCACAAAAUAAUGGUGGGAGUUACUCUGCCCGUCUGUAGAGCCUCCCAUUCCCAGUUAGUGUUUGUGGAAGAAGCAGCCUGGAGGGGAUGUGAGGAGUGGGGGAUAGGAGGCUCCCAAUGAAGACCGAUGUUAGUGGUUGCAUUAUGUCACUCAAAGGGCUGUGUAAUCGUGGGUGAUCAGCAGAGCAGCAGGGUGAAAGCCCCUGGAGGAGACUCGCAUUAAACUUCUACCGUGUGACAUCUAUCUUCACUUGGUACAAGUACAGCGUUCUACUGCAAGGAGACACAACUGAGCAUAAUGCAUAUUUCUAGAUAAUCCAAGACAACCGUAGCGUCCACCUGACUGUUCUUCCUUCCUGAGGAGACGGAUAAACUGUCACUUGUUCUAGGACUCCUGAAGGGCUGUCAUUGAUGGAAAAGUGGACUGAUACAGCUUUCUAAUUACCAGGAUUACAACACUGCCUAUACUUUGCUCCUGUAUAAAGAGCAGGACGGCGGGUGGACAUGGCUAGCCUUAUUAGCAGUUUCUUCAUAUUUCUUAUUUUGCGAGACAGCUGUUACUGUUUCAGGAGCCCCCUGUCAGUCUUUAAAAGGUUUCAGGAAUCAUCCAGUACUCAUUCAAAUGGAUGUUCAGGACCUACAAAACCUGUCUCUUCCCCAGACUCCUUAGACUACACGCUGGAUAUCCGUAUGCCAGGGGUCACGCCUACAGAGCCUGACACCUAUCUCUGCAAGUCCUACCGCCUGCCGGAGGAUAAUGAAGCUUAUGUAGUUGACUUCAAGCCUCAUGCCAAUAUGGAUACAGCACAUCACAUGCUUCUGUUUGGAUGCAGCUCCCCCUUGUCCACUGAUGACUACUGGGACUGUGGUGCUGGAACCUGCACAGAUAAAUCUAGCAUUAUGUAUGCCUGGGCAAGAAAUGCUCCCCCGACCAAGCUUCCUAAAGAUGUUGGAUUUAGAGUAGGAGGAAAUACUGGCAUUAAAUACUUUGUCCUACAAGUUCAUUAUGGUGACGCUAAAGCAUUUCAAGAUAAGCACAAAGAUUGCACUGGAGUAACUGUACAAAUAACACCUGAGAGGCAGCCACUAAUUGCUGGCAUUUAUCUCAUGAUGUCUGUGGACACUGUAAUCCCACCAGGUGAAAAGGUGUACGCUGAUAUUGCUUGUGCAUAUGAAAAACCUCCAAUGUACCCGUUUGCUUACAGAGUCCACACUCAUCAGUUAGGUCAAGUUGUAAGUGGAUAUAGAGUAAGGAAUGGCAAAUGGACUUUAAUUGGGAGACAGAGCCCCCUGUUGCCACAGGCAUUUUAUCCUGUGGAACAUUUACUUGAUGUUCAUCGGGGUGACAUUCUAGCAGCCAGAUGUCUUUUCAAUGGUGAAGGCAGGACAACCAGUACAUAUAUUGGGGGCACUGCAAGUGAUGAAAUGUGCAACCUCUAUAUAAUGUAUUACAUGGAAGCUGAUCAUGCCAGUUCAUACAUGACAUGUGUGCGGACAGGAGACCCUAAACUAUUUCAGCACAUCCCAGAACUGGCCAAUAUUCCUGUCCCCGUUAGUCCCGAUAUGGUGAUGAUGGGACAUGGACAUGGUAGCCACAAGGAUAUGAAGCUAGAAGAAGAGCGAAAUAUACAGCAGCAGCCUAAGAGAGAGGAGGAACAAGUACUAGAUCAGGGUAAUUUCUAUUCCGUCCUUUCCAAACUGCUAGGCGAGAGGGAGGACGUUGUUCAUGUUCAUAAAUAUAACCCCACUGAUAUUCUAGGGUCCGAUCUCGUAGCAGAGAUCACCAACGUGGUCCACAAGAAAGACCCUGACUGGUACAUAUCCAGACAAGUGUUAGCACAUGACGAGAGGCCCGAUGCCAUUCUCAUCAGGGAUCGAAUUCACAAAUUCCACAAGUUAGAGUCCACACUGAGACCACCGGGGAAUACGCUGUCCCUGGUCCCACAAGCUAAACGUGGUGAAGUGGAUAACCAGCGUACAGGAGAUUUCCAUCUAGAAGAAGUCACUGAUUGGCCAGGGGAGAACCUGAAAGUGGGACAGGUGUCAGGGUUAGCAUUGGACCCCAACAACAAUUUGGUUAUUUUUCACAGAGGUGACCACAUUUGGGAUGAAAACUCUUUUGACAGGAACUUUGUCUAUCAACAAAGAGGAAUUGGUCCGAUUGAAGACAGCACUAUACUUGUUAUCAAUCCCAAUAGCUCUGCCAUUCUGCAGUCAACAGGCAGAAAUCUGUUUUAUUUGCCCCAUGGGUUAACGAUGGAUAAAGAUGGCAACUUUUGGGUCACUGAUGUUGCCCUUCAUCAGGUUUUCAAGUUGGGUCCUCGUGGGUCAACUCUCUUAACUCUGGGGAAAGCAUUUCAGCCAGGCAGUGACAGGAGCCAUUUCUGUCAACCGACUGACGUUGCCGUGGAUCCCAUAACCGGAAACUUCUUUGUGUCUGAUGGUUACUGUAACAGCAGGAUCAUGCAGUUUUCACCCCAUGGGAUGCUGAUCAUGCAGUGGGGAGAAGAUUCCUCACCAGGAGCUGCGAAACCCAGCCAGUUUCGUAUUCCACACAGUCUGACAAUGGUUCCUGACCAAGGGCAGCUGUGUGUGGCUGACAGGGAAAAUGGGCGAAUUCAAUGUUUUAUCGCAGAAACGGGGCAUUUUGUCAAAGAAAUCAAACACCCAGCGUUUGGUCGAGAAGUUUUUGCUGUCUCCUAUGUACCAGGUGGCACAUUAUAUGCUGUCAAUGGCAAACCGUACUUUCAGGAUUCGGAGCCCCUGCAAGGCUUUGUGAUGAACUUUUCUAGUGGAGAAAUUGUAGACACCUUUGUCCCAGUUAGAAAGAGCUUUGACAUGCCUCAUGAUAUCGUUGCAUCAGAAGAUGGAGCUGUGUAUGUUGGAGACGCACAUGCCAAAACUGUAUGGAAAUUCUCACCUUCAGAAAAAGCAGAGCAUCGAUCUGUGAAAAAGGCCGGCAUUGAGGUUGAAGAGAUAACGGAAACUGAAAUCUUGGAAACACGACUAAGAAGCAGGCCCAAAACUAAUGCCACAGUCCCAGAUAAGCAUCAUGGACAGGAGAAGCAGACUCUUGUUGAGAAAAGCAGCGUUGGAGUCUCAUUCAUUCUCAUUAUCACACUGAUAAUAAUUCCAGUAGUGGCUCUUGUUGCCAUUGCAAUAUUCAUACGCUGGAGGAAAGCCAGAAUAUAUGGCGGUGAAGGCGAGCACAAAUCCGAACCAUCAUCUGGAGGGAUCCUGGGAAAACUGAGAGGUAAAGGAAGCGGAGGCCUCAAUUUAGGAACUUUCUUUGCCAGCCACAAAGGAUACAGUCGGAAAGGCUUUGACAGACUUAGCACAGAAGGAAGUGACCAAGAGAAGGAUGACGAUGAUGGCUCAGAUUCAGAAGAAGAGUAUUCAGCUCCCACUAUCCCACCAGCACCUGUAUCUUCCUCCUGAAACAACUGCUUCCACCAAACCCUUUGCCCUUUAGCACGUUUAAGAUUGUGUAUUUAAUUGUAACUGUACUAGUCUCCGUGGGCUGUACAAGUGUCAUGGUUUUUUUUGUUUUUCCUUAUGAGUGUUGUUGUAGUCUUUAUGUGAACAUUCAGAGAUCCUUUUGUUGUCACUAUAGGAAGCUUCUUAGAGUCAUACGAGUUAUGUAGUGUUUUCUGGUUUGUUUGGACUUUCUCAUAGUUUAAUGGCCUUUCUCCGCUUUUCCAGUAGCACUUUAAUUGCCAAUUUACUUAUUUUCAUGCCUUUAUAGUCACGAUUAAUUGCAGUACAAAGACAUGUGCCACAUAAAUGCAAAGCUGCUAAAUCUCCUCUAUUUUUUUAAAUUCACAAUAUGAUAUUGCAUCCAAAAAUGAUUCAAAAGUGUAAAAAAAAUAUAUAAAAAAUAUUUAAUUUUUGUUUGGUGUUAUUGGGAUGUCUUUAUUUUUAGAUGGUUAAACUGUUUAGAACACUAUUUUCAGAAACUGAAUGUACUUUGUGUAAUAAAGUGUUCGCAGAGCAUUAA